AUGUCAUUGAGUCAAAUGAGACCUCAAACAUCACAGCUGGUGGAGCUUCAUGUUUUUUAUGUCCCAGCAGAAGUGUGGAACUUCAAGCUGAAUACAGUUCCAGUAGCUCUUACUAGCAAAUUCAUCUCAGCUGGAUUUAUAAGGGUGUCUCCUCACAUCACGUUAAGAGUGCUGCGGGAGAGGCUUGGACAAUACCUGGGUGGAGUGACAGUUGCAGAUAAAUUCAGAUUUUUAAAAUGCAUUGGGAAAAAACUAGCAGUGGUGAAAGCAGAACAGGAAACAGAACUGGAACUGAAGUCAUUUGCUCCUCCUUAUGCACUUUAUCCUGAAUUAUAUUUAUUACCUGGAGUGGAAUAUCUUGCAGAUGUUUAUCCAUUCCCAUCAUCAACUCAGCAAAAACUUCAUGUUACUAAAGAAGCUGGUAGGUUUUGUCAUAGCUCAAGAUUAUCCAGCCUUUCCCAACAGAAACCUGAAAAAAGCAAACCAUUUUUAGAAAGUAUGCAAAACAGACAUCAGGCAGAAAAUCUGGAAGUGCCCAGUCCUGUGGGAUGGGAUGAGAAAGAACCUCUUCCAGUUUUGCACACAAACAGCAAGGAAAACAAUAACAACAGGAUUCCAGAAAAACAGCUUGGGGAAAAAGAUCAAAGUGGAUCUGAUGGAUCUUUCUUCACACCAAGUAAUUCAAAUCCUGCAGAUCUGGAGUCUGGAAAGUGUGACCUGGUAUUACAGACCUCUGAGCAGAAUCAUCUCAGCCAAGAUCAAGAAGACUGCAAUGUUCCCAAGUGGAAUGACAAAGCCAAAGGAACUGCUCUUACUCAUGUAAACCAGAGUGAUGAACAAGGCCAGGAACCAGCAAACAUCGAAAAUAAUGAGUGCCAAAAAGAUACCAAAUUAAGAAGAGAAAGAACACAGGAGGCUGAAAGUCUAAAAAUAAUGGAAGACCAAACUACAGAUUAUGUCCACAAAAAACAGAGCUUGCAGCAUAGCAGAACUAAGAAAACUAGAGUUGGUCUUGGUGAAAAACUGGAUAAUCAGGCAGAUGAAGACAAGCAAAAUCAUCUUACUUGUCCAGAAGAGUAUAUUUCACCUCCUAGUCCACCUUUUUUGGCUCUUACUGUAAAUCCAGCUCAAGUUCCUAUAAGUCAGGCAGCAAAAAACAAGAUGGUAGAACAAUUGCAACAAAUGAAGAAAGACAGAAGGCACAUGGAAAAAACUAGAGAAGAACUGAUCAAAAAAGCUAAAGGGCUACUGGAACAAAAUAAGCUGAGAAGAUACCAUGUUGGUGAAGACUGGAAGAAGAAGUACUUUGAAACUAAGAAAGCUACAGUUUCACUGGAGGACACCUUAAAAAAACUGCGACAAGAUUUAGAGCUUUACCACCAGAAAUUGCUUUUGCAGUUGGAAGCCAGAGCUAGCCGAAAACGACCAAACAAUACAAUAACCUCCAAGAAUUACACAAUCAUCCGGAUUGCUACAGUGCAGCAUGAACUCGAUCAACUGAGGAGGAAGCUAGAUAAUACAAAAAUGAGACUCCUAAUAGAAAUUAAGAUGAGAAAGCAGGCAGCUUCUGAUUUACGAGCACUGAGAGCGGAACUGACACAGAAGAAGAUUCAUUCAGCCUUAAUGCUCCAGUCCAGAAAAUCAGGAAUAUAA